CGAUGGAGCCCCCGGAGCGGGAUUUGCCCUGCUACCAGAACGGCGACUUGCUUCCCGGCCACCUCCUCAAGGGCUUGGGCGAGCUGCAAAGCGGCGGCGGCGGCGAGACGCGGCGGCAGGCACUGAGCAAGCGCCACCGCCAUCCCCCGCUGGAGGAGAGGGGCAGCCGGGAUGGGGAACCCGGCGAGGAAGAGAGGGACGGGUUGCCCGCUUUGGAGACCGCCUACGCCACCAUCCUGCAAGGGCUGGGCGAGGACCCGGGCAGGCAAGGGCUUCUGCUCACACCUCGUAGGGCGGCCAGAGCCAUGCAGUUUCUCACCAAAGGCUACCAAGAAACCGUUGAAGAUAUACUCAAUGAUGCGGUUUUUGACGAGGACCAUGAUGAGAUGGUGAUUGUGAAGGACAUUGAUAUGUUCUCCCUUUGUGAACAUCACUUGGUACCUUUCUUUGGCAAGGUGCACAUUGGAUACUUACCAAGGAAGAAAGUGGUUGGCUUAAGCAAACUUGCAAGAAUUGUUGAAAUGUUUAGCCGAAGGCUUCAAGUCCAGGAGCGCCUUACCAAGCAGAUUGCCUUGGCAAUUACUGAAGUUCUGAAACCUGUUGGUGUAGCUGUCGUCAUCGAAGCGUCGCACAUGUGCAUGGUCAUGAGGGGAGUUCAGAAAAUGAGCAGCAGAACCGUCACCAGUGCCAUGCUGGGAGUCUUGCGGGAAGAUCCAAAAACCAGGGAGGAAUUUCUCACCUUGAUCAAGAAUUAAACGGCAGCAGCUUGUGGCUCUGUGUGGGUUUGGAUGCCACACUAAAAACCAAUUGCUAAAAUGUAAUUGCCUUAUGUGAGCCAGUUUUUCCAGAGCCUGUGUAGUAAAGGGGGGAAAAAGAAAGCAAGAACUGCAUCACAGCUUUGUUCUCACUUCCGGGUAACACCUUAGAAUGUUGUUAAACAUUCACUUGGCAAUGCAAGCACCUGGCUCCAUUUUAUAGAAAAGAAAC